UUGGCUCAAGUGGUACACUGCCUGUACAAUGCCGGUCAUCCCUCGGGCAGGACAGUGGCAUGUCUCGUCGCGCUACGAGGUCCGUAACAUCAUAGGAUCUGGCUCCUAUGGAAGUGUUUGUGAGGCCUAUGACAAGGAGCGUGACCAGAAUGUGGCUAUCAAACGGGUCAAACACAUGUUUGAUGACCUGGUCGACUGCAAGCGGAUCCUCAGGGAAACCGCCAUCAUGACUAGGCUCAGUCAUCCUCACAUCGUGCAGAUCUAUGACAUCAUUGAGCCUUCACAUAUGAGAAGCUUUGAUGAGCUGUACAUAGUUAUGGAGCUCUGUGACUCGGACAUGAAGAAGUUGAUCAAGACUGAUGUUGUCCUCACGCCGCUCCACAUCAACACGCUGCUCUACAACUUGCUUGUGGGGCUGAAAUACCUACACUCAGCAGGCAUUUGGCACAGAGACCUGAAACCAGCAAACUGCCUGGUGAACCAGGACUGCUCUGUGAAGAUUUGUGACUUUGGCUUGUCGCGAGCUGUAUCUUCUGUGCAACACGCGCCUUUGCCCAACACGCCUCGUGGCGAAGAAAGCACCGAGGUGAAUGGGCCUGUGGUUCCGCACACGGCCAAAGCCAAGCGAACCAUGACGAGGCAUGUUGUCACUCGUUGGUACAGGGCCCCCGAGCUCAUCCUGAUGCAGGAUAACUACAAUGAGCAGAUUGACAUGUGGUCAGUUGGGUGUAUUUACGCUGAGCUGCUGCAAAUGCUGGAAGGGACUCAUCAUGAGGACCGUGGACCGCUGUUUCCCGGCUCUUCCUGCUACCCGCUGUCUCCGGACAAGAAGCAUCGAAAAGACCCUAGAUUUCACACGCGUGGCAGCACAGACCAGCUGAACGUCAUUUUUGACUUGCUUGGCACUCCCACGGAGGCCGAGAUUGGCCAAUUGCAGACGGAGGAGGCCAAGCAGCACAUUCGCGCGCUGGCAAGACGGGAGCGCAAGGGCGUGCGCAGCCGCUUCCCGGACGCGCCAGAAGAGUCCGUGAAUCUGUUGGAGAAGACACUCAAGUUCACUCCCACGGAGCGGAUUACGGUGGACCUUGCCCUCGACCACGAGCUGUUCAAAGACAUUCGGGACAGGCAAGUGGAGACAGUGGCGCCAUCGCCAGUAAUCCUAGAAUUUGACAAAGAGCCAGAUCUUGGUGAAGCAGCGCUCCGCAAGGGCUUUGCGGAAGAGAUCGCCAAGUUCCACAAAGCCAGUGUUGAUCAGUACCUCCAGCAGUUUUUUUCUUCUUGGAUUGGGACUCGAUUCCAACGCUUCGAAUUCUUGGCCUGCCAGGAGCUGUCGCAUCCUUUGACAUGCCCAGCCUGGGAGCAAGGCACCCGCCUACUCGUUUCAGUCUCAAGGUGGUCUGUGUCCAUAGCGGGGCCAUGACCUGCA